UCUCAUUCAGAGCGUGUCUCCAAAGGCGGCUCUCCCCUCCAUCAGCUCGGGAGAAGCUUCUCCUGCCCGCGCCGUGAACGCGCCCUGACGCUCCGUGCGCACGAGCAGCCCUGUUUGUUUGUGUUGAGAGAUUGGAAAUGGCGGAGAGCAGAGACCAAAGCGAUAACUUAGGUUUGCAAACGCGAGUGCGCCGUCAUUGAAACGCAGAAACCAAGCCGCAAGUGAUCCUCAGAGUUACUUACGAUUUGCAGCUGCCGCUGGAACACGAGUCGGGCACGACGAAAAGGGAUUUUCGGAAGAAGGUUUGGAUUUAGCGAGCUGCUUAGCUAGCUAAGCUAACCGUGCUGGCAGCCUGGCGUUAGCUAGCUUCAAGUCGUGUGUGAUUUUAACUACGCAGGCUUGUUUGUCAACAUAAGCUGGCGUUAAAUUGCCAGCGAGCCAGCUGACGGGGAACUUUUGCCCCGUUUCCAAGCUGACCCAGUGGGGUUUUUUAACAUGAUCGCCACGGCUGACCGCAAAAUUAUAAGUCCAAAGUAACAGUGGAUAAAAAGUCAGACAUCUGACUAUCCUUGUCGCAAGCAGCAAGUUAAGCUGGUGAGCUAAGUUAGCCAACUGGCUUGUUUAAAGCAGCCCACACUGCCGUGUGCAUGGGAAUUAAUCAUCCAUCGUGACAACGCAGAGGAAGACCCCGUUGGCAGGAUCGAUAUUUACAAGUUAAACGGACGAGUAAACAGUCCAGAGGCCACUCGGCUUCUCCCAGCACCUGGGAUGCUGCCAUGUGACAGAGCGGCCGUGGAGCCAUAACGCCACCACCACCACCACCGCUCCGUCAUCUUGACUCCAUACUGCUCGUCCACCACUGAUCUCACCCCGAGAAUCCCCUUCCCGCCUUUAUCUUUGCUCUGAGCCCUGGACAAGGCCACCACAGCCACCACAUGACUCACCCACUGGAGCCCUAGAUCAAGUCAGUUGAAGCUGAAAAUGAGCGCAGUAGGGGAAAACCCUCUGGAUCCUGCCACGCCAGAGUCACGCAAGAGGAAGGGCUCGCCAUGCGACACAUCAGGGCAAAGUGUGGAGAAGCGGAGACGAGAGCUGGAGUGCCGCUACAUCGAGGAGCUGGCGGAGCUGCUGUCAUCCAACAUGGGCGACAUCGCCAGCCUCAGCGUCAAGCCCGACAAGUGCCACAUCCUCAAGAGCACUGUGGACCAAAUCCAGCAGAUGAAACGGCGUGAGCAAGAGAAAGCAGCUCUUCUGUCUCCAGAUGACGACGUGCAGAAGAGCGACAUCUCCUCCAGUAGCCAGGGGCUGGUGGAGAAAGAGGCACUGGGGCCCAUGCUGCUAGAGGCCCUUGAUGGGUUUUUCUUCGUCGUGAACCGGGAGGGCCGCAUCGUCUUUGUUUCCGAGAACGUGACGAGUUACCUUGGAUACACUCAGGAGGAGCUGAUGACCUCGAGCGUCUACAGCAUCCUCCAUGUGGGAGACCACAAUGAAUUUGUUCGCAGUCUGCUGCCCAAAAGCCUGGUUAACGGUGUGCCGUGGCCACAGGAACCUGGCCGAAGAAACAGCCACACCUUUAACUGUCGCAUGCUGAAGAGGCCGCCGGACGAGGUGGAUUCAGAAAAUCCGGAGGCUCGGCAGCAGUACGAGAUCAUGCAGUGUUUCACCGUCUCCCAGCCGCGGAGCGUGCAGGAGGAGGGGGAGGACCUGCAGAGCUGCCUGAUCUGUAUUGCCUGUCGGAUACCUCGCACCCAGGCUUUCAGCACUGAGUCUUUCAUCACGAGGCAGGACCCCACAGGGAAGAUCAUCUCCAUAGAAACGAGUGCUUUGCGAGCGACAGGCCGGCCUGGCUGGGAGGACCUGGUCAGGAAGUGCAUCUACGCUUUCUUUCAGCCGCAGGGCAAAGAGCCCUCCCACGCCAAGAAGCUGCUGCAUGAGGUGAUGACUCAUGGCAGCGCUAUCAGCCCACUGUACCAUUUCACAUUGAGUGAUGGCACCCCGCUCAGCGCUCAGACCCGCUGCAAGUUCUGCUGCCCCCCCAACCCUGAUGUACAGCCCUUCAUUAUGGGCAUCCACACUAUUGACAGGGAACACAACACUGCUAGCUCUCAGGAAAACACUAACCCCAGCCUUCCAUCGAACGUUGGCAGCCUUGCCCAAACUCCUUCCCGCUCUCCUUCCCUUCCUCCCGGCAGCAACUGGACCCAAGGCUCAGGCCUCCCCGCCUCGGGCCUUCACCCCAACAACAGCAACACCUCCUCUCACGGACAUAACUCAUCCACACCCACAGGCUACCUGACGCCCAAUCGGACCUGUCCCCCGCAGGUCAGCAGCCCCUCCCCUUUGAGCAGCCCACUCACAGCCACCCCUACCUCGUUUAUGUCACCCAGGAUGCCACAGGCCAGCCCUGGGUUAGGGGGAAGCCCUCGGGUACCGGGGAAUCCCUUCUCUCCUUCCACACCGGGCCUCCAUUCCCCAGUCGGGGCACUAAGCAGUGGAGGCAGCCUCACCAGGCAGCAGUCUGGCGGUGAUGGUAGCAGCAGCGGCAGUGGUGGGUCAACAGGGUCCUUCUCCUUGUCCUCCCCAGUCCCUCAGAGACAAGCCAGUACACCCACCGGUUCCUCUACUCGGCCCCCGUCGGCAAAACCCCCAGAGGGAGGAGAAGGAGGGGCAGAGGACUCUGUUAAAGCCCCCCUUCCGUCUGCCUCACAGCUGGGUAACCCCAGAACCAAUCAGCUCCUGGACAGCAAUGGGACAGGAGUCGAAUCUAACAACAGCAGCAUCCACUGCACCUCAUCACCUCAUCCCCCGAACCCUCCUCCCGCCCCUCAGUGCCCUGCCUCCCACAGCACUCUCACAGAACGACAUAAGAUCCUGCACCGGCUACUCCAGGACAGCAGUCCCAACGAUGCCUCUGCCGGCAGCGAGGAAGGCAUAAACAAAACCCAAGUAGAGAUCAAGAAGGAGCCGCCUGCCAGCCCGGCACUGACCACGGCAGCUCCCAAGUCCAGAGAGCCACAGGACCAUCAGCUGCUCCGUUUUCUCCUGGAUACGGACGAAAAGGACUUGGGGGACCUGCCUCCUCCGUCUGCUCUCAGCCUGCAGACUGUUAGGGUGAAAGUGGAGAAGAGAGCCAGCAUGGAGGGCACAGCCUGCACAGUGUCUAAUGUUGUAGCAGGGGGUGCAUGCAAACCUGCAGGAAUCUCCAGCAGCUCUGCUUGUGUCAGUCCCAAAUCGAGCCCCAUCGGAGAGAACCGCAGGGACAGCCGCAGGGACAGCAGAGAUUCCACGAUGUCUGGUGGACCUGUUGACAUGGACCCUCUCACCCAGCUGCUGCCUGGCCUGAGAGGCCCAAGUGGGGCCAAACAGGGCAGUGAGGAUUCAACAACACCUGGAGGAGGCCCCCAACUCCAGUCUCCAGCCUCCCAGCCCCCAGCUCAGCUCCAGUCCCCCCUGUCCCAGCCCCAGUCCCUUCCGCAAUUGCAGUCGCCGUCACCCCAGCUCCACUCCCCUUCCCCCCAGCUCAAACUGCAGUCACCCACUCAGCUGCAGCCCGGCGAGGCCAGCACUCCCUGCAGCAUAAAUGUGAAGAGAGAGCCUCCCGGCACUCCUAACAGAGGGCUCAGUGACGUCGGUCCGCCCUCUGGCUGCAGCCUCCAGAGUCAGUCCUCCUUUGAUUUCUGCAGCCCCUCCACUCCAAGCCAGACGCAGGCGCAGGGACAGGGAGACCCCUUCCAGAACCCCAAAGACAGCAGUCCCUUUCCAGAGGCAGAAGUUAUCAACCCCUUCAGUUCAAGCACUGGCCUAACCAAGAUGGAUGUGGGAGACUCCCAGUUCCAGCCUCUGGCGCUGUCUGACACCUUGUCCUUCGAUGGUCUCGGGGCGCCUUUGCAGGCCCCCUUGGCAUCACCACAAGAGCAGUGUGUGCCCUACACGCUGGACGAAGUGCUCGGCCCGCCCACCACGCCUGAAGGCCGAAACGACGAGAAAGCUCUGCUAGAGCAGCUCGUCUCCUUCCUCAGUGGGACUGAUGAGAGUGAACUGGCUGAGCUGGACAAGGCCCUGGGUAUUGACAAACUGGUGCAGGGUGGCUGUUUUGACCCAUUGGCCCAAAGCUUCCCGAACCAGCAACCCACUGCCAGCCCCGCUUCCAUGGACCCUAAACUCCCCACCUACCCCUCCCAGUUUACACCAGCUUCACAAGCUCAGUUUCCUCCCGAGCUGGCCACGGUGGGGCCACAGGGUCUGGGGUUUGGAGCACCCCGAGGGGCUUUCCCCGGUGGGACGACGGGCGUGGGGCUGAGGCCGGGCAUGACGCGACCACAGGGGAUGGGCACUCAGCUCAGGCUCUCGCCCAACCAACUGCGCCUGCAGCUGCAGCAGAGGCUGCAGGGCCCGCAGCAGCUCCAGAACAGGGUGGUGGGCAUGAACGCCUUUCCAGGAGGCGCCCAGCAUGUGAACAUGGGGAUUCGUCAGGGGGUUCAACAACCUCAGAUGCCCUCUCAACAGCCUCCGCUGAAUGCCCAGAUGCUGGCCCAGCGUCAGAGGGAGCUCUACAGCAUCCAGCACCGUCAGCGCCAACUUUUCCAGCAGAAGGUCAUGCUGAUGAGGCAGAACAUGGCAGGCGCUGCGACUGGGUCCGUGGGGUCCGUCGGAACAGCCAGGGUCCCUAAAGCUCCCCCAACAACGCCUCAACAGCAGCAGCCGUCGCAGCAGCAGCAGUUCAACUUCCCACCAGGGUACAACCCACUGACGGGAAAACCCCCUACCUCACCGAGUCACUUCAGCCCCAUGACGGGGGGCCCUCUGGACAACAAACUGUCCGUCAGAGUUCCCCUGAAUAACCAGACGCUGAUGGGCGGCGUGCAGGGCCAAUUCAGCAGCACCGUGAACUCCUCAUUGCAGCAGGGCCUGUUUCAGCAGUUUGCAGGGUCUGCCAUGGUCCAGCAAGACCCAUCUUUCCCUCCUGAGAUGAGCCCAACCAGCCCAUUGUUGUCACCUCAAAACUCCACCUCCCAGAGUCCUCUGCUUCAGCAAGCCCCGCCUCCUGGCUACCAGUCACCAGACAUGAAGAGCUGGCAACAGACAGGCAUGGGCAGCAACAGCCUGUUCAGUCAGUCGGGACAGAGCGCAGGACAGGCAUUUGGCCAGCAGGGGGUUUACAACAACAUGAGCAUCACCGUCUCCAUGGCUGGAGGCUCGGGUGGUGUCGGCUCAUUACCUCCCAUGGGGCAGCCGGUUGGCAUGAGCAACAGUAACCUCAGCAACGUGGCUUCAGUGUGCAGCGACCAGCAGGUGCAGCAGGUUCAGGUGUUCGCUGACGUCCAGUGCACAGUGAACCUGGUUGGCAGCGACUCCUACCUGAACCAGGGCUCCAUCGGAGCUACGGCCUCCCAGAAGGGCCCCGGACCGCAGGGCUCCCAGAACAACCAGGCCCAGCAGAAGAGCCUCCUCCAGCAGCUGCUCACCGAGUGACGACCCCCAUCCCUUCAGCUCUCCUACUCCCUCUACUUCUCACUUCUACGCCUCCUCCUCGGAGGUCGGUGCACCAGACCCAUUGCUGUCUCUGUCUCACCUUUUGGAUGGAUGGAUGGAUGGAUGGAUGGAAGGUUGGAUGCUUGGACGGGCACAGUGUGUGUGUAGGCUCGGAGCGGUUUGGCUGUCGGUGGAGUUUCAUAGCCAGACCACUUCUGUGCAGAGCGGAGGGGAUCCGGGGCUGGUUGUUCUACCGCCCAGUACUUUAAGAAAAGACUCAAGUCAGAAGGAGCAGCAGUGUAUUUAAACCUGCCUGUCUAAUCUGUCUGACAACCUGUCUGUCUGCCUCAGCCUAUUAAAGGCAGUGUUGUCUUGCUGCUCAUUCCUUGGUGACCUACUUCCUGCUUCCUGACCCAAGAAAACAACUGCGACAUCAUUGUAGAUUUGCCAAGUUGUCGUCACUGUCGAAUCAGGGCCGGCCUCCUUUUGUUGUUUGUUUUUUCUCUUUUUUUUCUUUUGUUUUUCCUGAUCCGACGGUUUCUGUGGGGCCGUCGCGGCAGCGGCAGCAGCAGCAGUGCAUCUUGGGAGCAUGAGUUUCAGCACACAGCUGAGCUCAGCGUUGUUGUUGUUGUUGUUGUUGUUUAAAGUGCGGGAGUAUCCCGCAGCGCAGCACCUCUGGCUUUUUGGUUUUGUUUUCCUCUACCUGUCUCUCUCAGCGAUGUGAGAAUGUUAAGGUUUCAGACCUCUGUGGCAUUGUGGGAUAGAAGCUCAGUAUCAGCUGGUUCUGUGACUGUCUCUCUCUAUCAGCUACAGUGCCUGGUGGAAGUUUGAGUUUUUCCCAAGCUCUGCUUCUUCUUCUUCUUCUUCUACUUCUACAUAUUGUUCUAUUACGACUUCUGUUUUUUGUUUUUGUAAUCUGGUUGUUUUGUUUAAAAUCUGCUCUCACCGUCAUCAUCAUCAUCAUCAUCAUCAUCAUUAUCUUCAUGAUCAUCAGAACAAGCUUUGACAACAGCCAGAAAAUGGAUGGAUGGACGGACGGAUGGAUGGAUGGAUGGAUGGAUGGAUUGAUGCAUGGAUGGGAGACAGACGGGAUGCUGCUCAGUUUGGAACUUAACGUGUCUCUCUCCCUCCAGGAGGAGGUUUUAUUUUUAUUAUUCAAAGUAUAAAAAAGACUGUUAUGAUUAUUUAACUGUCUGUCCAUCACAUUUUACCCCUCACCUCAGCAGCUGUGAAUACAGAGCCCCAUCGGGUUCUCUCUCUCUCUCUCUCUGUCUGUCUGUCUGUCUCUCUCUCUCUGUCUGUCUCUCCAUGCUAUCUCUCAGCCUAUCAGUGUUGUCUGCCACGUGCGCCAUGCAGGCGGGUAUUGUUGUACAGUACGGAAGGACAAAGACUUCUCUCUUCUCUUGCUUUCCUUCAAAAGAAAAGAAGUGUAAUUAAUUGAUUACUCAGAACAGCAAAACUAUGUAUAAUGUGAUUCGAUCCAGGUUUUUAUUCUUUAGCUGUUGUUUUUUUUCUUUUUGUUUGUUUUGUUUUUUUAAUUCUAAUAACGUCAGCUCGUGGUUUUUGAGAUUAACUUUUCCGCAUCAUGAUGUUGUUCUGUGGCUAAAUGUCGCAGUGGAGGGGGACGUUGUUCCAUCUUCUGAAAUGUGAAAAGGAAUUGAUUUUUAAAGCGUAGUCAGAACUCGCUCCCUUCGGCCUCCCGUUCGGCGCCACCGUCUGAAAAAGAAAAACAAAGAAAAUGGGUUUGACUGCUUUGCUUUCUCUCGUGGUAAGCGGGGAGCUCGUGAGCCAUCUUCUCUGGCUUUCUCCCUUUUUGUUUUUUUAUUUUGUUAUUCUUACGUAUGUACAAUACUUUCAAGCAAAACUUUUCAGACAGUACAUGUGUUUUGUAACCAUUGUAUAAAAACAGAACAUACCUUGAAGCGUGUGAUCGGGCGACGCUAACGGUACCGAGACGCAUCGAACCAGCGGUCGCCACAGUCGGCUCGCUUUUGGGAUAUGCUUCCUAUGUAAUGACGUUUAAGUAGACGCUUUAGUGAUAGAAGCUCCUAACAAAGAUGUGAUGGAUGAUUAAUUUAAAGCUGUCAUGAAAUCGAAUCGAAACAGGACGGGUUGAGUCGCCAAACAAAAACAAAACAAAACAAAAACAUUCUCUUUUCUCCUCCACUUGAGGACUUUAUUUUAUUUUAUUUGUUUGUUUUUUUUGGGGAUUCAACCCUCUUCUCCCUCCACCUCUGGUUCCCCUGAUGAAGACUUCACUCCACUGGCUACACACACACACACACGCACACACAGUUUUCUGUUGACUACUGUUGCUCAGUCGGACACUGUCUCGCUCGGCGAUAACAGACCUCUGUUAACAACACAAAACGUUUUUCACCAGCUCACCAGGAGGUUAGAGAAACCGCCGCGACGUCGCCUCGGAUUGAUCAGGGAUGGGCCGAUGAUCAGUUCCGACGUUCAGUAUUUUUCUGAUCGUGAUGUGUUAGAAAGAGUAGAUUGUAAAAUGCGCUCAGUGUGCCGCCCACAACAGAACUGAAUGGCCUGUGCAGAAAACAGAAGACGAGUACAAGCACCUCGGAGUUGUACUUUAAGAGUAAUCUGCAGUCCGUCACUGGUUAGUCUGAAUGUUCACUCCACAUGUUGAUAAGUCCCAAGUAUUGGUGAUCAGUGUUCUUGAUUACUAAUAAUCAGUAUUGGUAUCGGCCGCGUCGUCACGGUCUCGUCGGUCCUUUUUCACACGGGAUUGAUGGUCGUUAGGGAACAUCCGGUGGUCUGUAGCGACCACAGAGAAACCUCGCUCACAUCACUUCAGUCAAAUCUGCCACUCCAGCACAAACCCAGACGUUCCCCGACGGGACUCGUCCUGUGGGAAUCCUCUGUGGGUUUUUCUUUUUAAAUCUUCCCCCUGUCCUGCGUCAUCACGUACCCGACUCCUCGCUCGCUUUAGGUCAACGACAUCCGGUGUGAUGCUGCUUGAGUGGAAUAGGGCUUUCCUGUGUGCUGCUUCUUUACAGAGAUUCUUCACCGUAUGCAAUGUUACCCAGACACAGAGGGAUGGUAUGCAAGGUCAACAUUCCACCCACCAACUCCUCCAGGGAUGUACGAUGUGAGAACCACUUUGUGCUCAGCUGACACGCUCUGUGUGUGUGUGUGUGUGUGUGUGUGUGUGUGUGUGUGUGUGUGCGUGUGUGUGUGUGUGCGUGUCCAAACAGAGGCCCAGGAAGUGUCGCCAUCUUUAAACUCUCUCUGUCUUUGUUUUAAUUUAAAUGCCUCCUGGACUCAAAACGUUUUACCAAGACUUUCUGAGAUGGUUUUUCUGUUUUUCUCUGUGUGUGUUUAUUUAUUAGAAAAACAUGCAGAUAAAUGAUCAGUUAGGCUUUCAAGCGCCUUUUUAUUACCUCAUUAUUGUUUCUGUCUGAUGGUCUUUUUCCCUUUGGCUGCGUUUUCACACUGUGAGCACCUCGUUUGUCGGUCGUUUUUAACCUGCUUACCUUUUGUUUGGCUCUUCGUAACAUCUCGAGUAAACAAACAGAACAAUAUGUAUUCUGAGGCUUAGGGCUGACGGUUUGUUUUAUCAGUUAAUUGUCAAAAGUCUUUCAUCGUUUCCCAGAGCUCAAGAUGGCGUCCUCACGCUCAAAACCAAAACAGUCCUCACAGUCGUCACAGAGAAGAAGCAGCAGAUCCUCGGAGCAGGUUGAACCGGGGAUUGUUGAGUCUUUCUUAUUGAAAAAUGACAGCUGAUUGAUCACCGAAGCAGUCCGCUCGCUUUGUGCUGCUUCCCUUUUCUUUCCUUCGGCCUUCGCCUCCAGCCGCGAGCUUCUGCUGAAAUGUGCUGGCGUCUCAGAUUAAAACGUUUCCCUCUACCUCCAACCUGAGACUUUUCCAUUAAGUUUACCGCAGUAAUGAAGUAGAUCGUCCUCAUCCUCCGGUCCACAUUGUUGCUUUUCACACACGAUUUCCAUUCCAGUUUCGGUCUCGAGUGUCAGCCCGUUGCCCGAUGGAGUUACUUUAAACCUCCAGAAGGCCUCCAAAAGCAGAGAGGACUGGGACAAAGCCAUCGAUUCCUGUGUGGUUCAAACCAAAACCCGCCGAGCUCCUGACUGCCUGCGCUGAACGAUUCUUGUCGUUUUGCACCUGCAAACCUUUGAUAAAAGAAAGAGAAAAAGGCCGUCGGUCUUCUGAGGGAGCUCAGGCAUGUCGUCCAUGUUGCCCCCCACCCCCCGUCGCUGUGUGUGUGUGUGUGUGUGUAAAUCUGGUUUCUCACAGUGUGAACGCAGCAGUCAGACACUCCUGUUUGGCCACUGUUUGGUCCAUAGACAAAACUCUGAAGAGACAGAAGCUGCACAAAGUGGAAGAAUGUAAUUUUUAUUUUAUUUUUUUUUUAUUGUUUUAUUUUGGAAGGAUUCUGCCAGCGUCAGCCUCCACUUGUUUAUCUGCUCUGAUGACUUCACACACACACACACACACACACACACACACACACACACCCUUUUUUCACUUUUCUGCAUGGAUCAGGCAUUCCUAUGGAAAUGGUUUCCUCUACAAUCCUGCAGAAACUCUCAGCUUAUCCUGCGAUUUUAAAAAGAAACAUGCCAAAUACAGCCGGUGCAUAAGUCAUCUUUAGGUUUUUUAUUUUUCUUUCUCUGUUGUUGUUUUUUUGUUUGUUUGUUUUUUGUUUUGUUUUUUAAAAAAAAAAAUGCAACAGCCAUUCAGUGGAAAACAACAGUCCCUCCUUCCUCACCACAAUGAACAGGUACAAGGUUAGGUUUCUUUUGUAACAUUGGUUUUCAAGAUGUUAACAUGAUGUAUAUAAACAGAGAAAUGUGAAUAUGUAUUUGUCCAGAAUCAACAGGAGAAAAAAGUAGUGCUCCGACUUUGUGGUUCAAAAGAAAAAAAAAGGCAAAAAAAAAACUACUCGCCUCCGUCAUGUUUUAUUUUUAUGUUUUGAUUUUCUACUUUUUUUUAUUUUUCUGAUGAUGUAUGUAUGUAUACGACUAUCAGUGAGUGCGUAUGUAUGUGUGUAAGUGAUUAAUACUGUAUAUCUGGUGUUCUCUAAGAUGGAAAAGUUGAAGAUGUCCUGGUUUGAUUUCUUUUCUUCUUCUUCUUCUUCUUCUUCUUCUUCUACUCUUCAGACCCUGCACAGUACCUGUGGGUGUUUCAGAUAACUAUGCCAGAGAAUGGUUUUUUUGUUUUGUUUUGUUUUUAGCGACUGCUGAAUGUGAUUUUACUGAGAGAGAAGCAGUGUGGACUGGCUUUUUGUACGGGUUAAUUUAAGAAAAAAAAGGCCAUAUUAUUUAAUUUUCUCUGUUGUCAAAAGUUUAAGCAGAUCUGGGAGAGUGGAGCCUUGGUUUCAUGGGGAAGCAUCGCCCGGUUCUUGUGUAUAUUUAGUGGGCUUUUAUUUUUAAUUUUUAAUUUUCUAACUGUCUGUCUGAUGUAGCCUUUUUUUUUAGUAUUAUUGUUAUUUUUAUUUUCUUUUUACAUUUGUCAAUAGUAAAUGACCAAAGCUUCAAGAUGUUUGGUGGAUAUCAUAUGCAAACCCUCACCAUCAUUGGAUAAGACAUGAUGUAGCGGCCAUGUUGUUGAGUCACCCGUCUUUCUCACGCGGCGACGCUCGCCGCGCUGCCGUUCGUCUUCUCCUCGCUCGUUCACUCUCCGCACGCCAUCUGUCCUUUAAAGCGGCCUCUCGGCAUCGGUCUGUCCCAAAGUUUAGGUCAGUUUAGAGACGUCUCCACUUUGCCAACGAGGUCUUCUGUGCCUGAAGUGCUACCACUCGUUUACAGGAAGUAAGAAAACGUUGCAGCCGAUAGCUAUGCACCUUACUGAAACAAGCAUUUUCCUCACGUCCGCUUGGGUAUGUAGAUUUAACGCUGGAGCGACACUAAAUCGUUAAUUUUUAAGGUAUUUAUAGUCCUUCGCCCUCAGUGGGAGCUGCCCUCUCAGUGAACCGAUAUCUGAUGACAUUUCUCAGCUUUUAAUCCCAUUCAUGAGGGGGAAAAAAAAGUUUUGUUUGUUUUUUUUUCCAUUAAGUGAAUACUUUAUACCAAACUUGAGGUGCCUCGUGUAUAUAUUUUCUGCAGUAAAGAUUGCUCCUUUGCUGUUUAACAAUAAUAACCUUGUCAACCAGGGUUUUUUUAAAAAAAGAAAACCUUUUUUCACCUUUAUAAAAAAAAAAACUAUUUUAAAUGACUUUUUUACACACGUAGAAGAUUAAUCAGAUUAUUCCAGGAAUUUGCAAAUACAAUCUAAUUUUGCACUUUAUAUCAGAUUUACUUGGAGUGAAAAGGCCAUCAGAAACUGACUCAAUCAGAUCAGUGUUUAGAGGUAGACCACGUCCCCUGAAUGUACCGAGAAAAUGUUAAUUUGAAAUUAAUGAAUUGCUCAGGUUCUUUUUGAAGAGCUUGACUGUAGUGGGAUCCCAUAACCCAAACGACGACUAAAAAAAAUUGUACCUUCUUUGUAAUGUCGUUCUGGCUCUGUCUCUUUCUGUGUUUGUACACCAACCGAUUCCUCAGUAUAAAUACUAUGCCAGUCUUCUUCAGGUGAUGUCCCUCCUGUCAGCUCACACCAGGCGCGCUGUUAAAAACCCCACAAAACCUCGUCCAGCUUGAACUCUCAGAACAUUCCUGCUCACCACACGCUCAGCUCUGUGGCUGCCAUCCACGUCGUCCUCCGCCUCCCAGCUGCUUCCAACGCGUUCCUCCCCUUCAGCCGGCGUGGACACUCGCUUGUUAUUUAGCACAAGUCUGGUUGUGUGCGACUGUUAUUGUGCACUGACGUUAAGCGACCACACGCUCACCGCGUUGCUCGUCUUCUCUCUUUUUACUCGUCUUGUCUCAGUUUCUCGUGCUGCCCGGUGUAGGACACGUCGAGGUGCACUGGUACCAGGAUCAGGGGCCCGUGUGUGGUGCGGGAUCAGGCUAAUUCCUGGUGUAGGUGAACAGAAAACGAGUUGACAGAUGAAAUAAAUUCCAUUACAGUAAAGGAGGAUUCAGUUCAGAUCGGUUCAGAUUAGUUAAGAAUCGUCCUCACCUGUCAUUGGCCCAGAAUGGUUUGGUAUUUGUGCGCCGCCAAGACUCUCCACUCCCACUCAUUCCUAAUGCAGGUGUUCAAAAGUGAUCUCUGUGUGAAAGCUAGUGCAGCAUCAGCUGUGGAGUGUAGUUAAGUGCUGUCACGUCGGAUGCGAUUCAAAGACUUUUAAAAGAAGGCUUCUUAACUCACCACUUUGUGUUGUUGUUAUUGUUGUUGUUGUUGUUGUGUUUGUGGGGGAGGGGUGAUGCUUUCUCUGGAGAAUCUGAGAGAAGUGACCAAGGUUCCACUUUCUCCCUUGUACAAAUUAAUAUAAAUAAAUAUAUAUAUAUAUAAAUAUAUAUUAUACAUUUUACUCAUUUUUGUCCAGUUUUGUAUAUUACACUCAUGUAAAGUUUGUUUUUAAAGAGGCAUCGGAGCAGCUAUUACAAGACAAUAUGAGUGACAAUGUUCAUCUGGGAGAAUUUUAUGCAUGUUAAAUUUUCUCUCUCUCACUCUCUCUCUUUCUCUCUCUCUUUCUCUCUCUCUCUCUCUCUCCGUCUCAGUCUCUUAAACCCCGCCCCCCCAGUUCAGGUGUGUAACGUGAAUAUAAAGAGAUCUACCUUUUCUUUGGAAUGUUGUAGACAAUCAGUCUCAGGCCGGGUCCAGUCCCUGUGGGGAGUGAGAGCCCCGUGGGCUGAUAGACAAACAAAGCUCAUUUUGUUGAAAUUUUAAAAACUCUUAAUUUGCAUCUACUGGAAGUCUAAAUUUGGAGGCUUUGUUCAUUCAUAUGUUCGUGGCUGCUCAAGUUUACACACACACACACAGACACACACUUCUCUACUACACUCAAAACACAAACACCUCGUGCAUUUGAUCCCUCUGCUUUUUGUUUCGAUUUUUUUUGUUUUGUUUUGUUUAUUUUGUUUGUUUUUUUCUUCCAAGGUGAGGAUGCCAACCUUGAGGAAAUGAUGCUUUGACUAACAAAUCUAUAACAUCUAUGAAUGUGGGAAUGCAACACAUUGCAAUAAAAGCACCAUUUGAAAUGCAGCAUGUUGUCCCCGUGUGUUCUUUAAACGUUGUGGAAAUGUAAGGAGGAGGUUUGUUGACAUCAGCAGGUUUGCAGAUGAUGGUGUUGUUUAUUUUGAGGAAGUGAGUCGCUGCAUCUGAGGCAGUUUUAACUGUAGUUUUGAUUUACACUUUAGUCUGUUUAAAAUUUGCUCUCAAUUUUUAAGUGACGUGACGAGA